GACCUAUAAAACACUUCACGGCCAACAGUACCAUUUUUUCACAUUUUCAUCACGUUAUAUGCUAAAUAAGAUUUUAGUGAAGAACAUUUUAUGAUAUGUGCGUGUGUUUGUUUGUGUAAAUGGUGUGUGACCUACAUUGAAAAGUGAUGUCAUGAAGAGUGGCCAAGUUUGACAGUUCGCUGUGUAUUGGGCACACCCCGGUGAUAGUGUUGGUGCUGAGACACUCCAGGCACCCUAACAACGAGUGCAAUUAAUAUUACUGUGCAUUUUGCUGCGGGACUCGUCGAUGUCUACCGAUCGUCGCAAUGCUUGCCUUGCGAGACUAUGCAAGUGAUUCAUCUGGUUCUGAAGAAGAAACAAGGCCAUCUAUUGAAGACUUGACAGCUCAUUUGAAACCAAUACAGAGUGGAAAAUCACUUGUGUCAACACAAAAGUUGAACGCCGCUCCUUUAGUAAUAACAAAGGAAGAUGUUGGCGUACAGCGUCACCUGGACAUCACAACUAAGGAGGUUAAAUACAACCCAAAGUUUGAGGAAAUGUUUGCACCUGAGGUUGGUCCUUCUAACCCAUAUAAAACCCAGCAGAUGCUUGCUUCGAAAAACAUGAUCUCUGGGUAUGCAGAGAAAGCGCAUUUCAAUCAAUUCCAGUUUGAAAAUCAGCGUAGAACUUUUACAAGUUAUGGUUAUGCAGCAGACCCUUCUUGCGAUGUACAAGUGUCAUCAGAAUGUCCAAUCGUUGGGGACAGAGUGGCCGCCGAAGACAGCAAAGGCCUUACAGUAUUCGAGGCUACCCCCAAUCGUCCUGAGGACAAGAGGAAGCGUCUGAGGAACUUUGAUGCAGGGGAUAUAGAUGGCUACCUGGGACCCUGGGGCAAGUUUGUGGACGAAAAAACAGUGAUGAAGCCGAGUGAGGAUGAACAGAAAGAACUGGAUGAGAUACUUGCCAAGAGGAGUAAAACAAACAAACAGACAGAGGAGAAGACGGUGGAGGAGAAGACUACUCUACACAUUAAGGAUGCCUACGACUACCAGGGUCGGUCCUACCUACACAUCCCACAGGAUGUGGGUGUGAACCUCAAAUCAGAGGAACCACCGGAGAAAUGUUUCCUCCCCAAGAAACACAUCCACACCUGGACAGGACACACAAAGGGCCUGUCAGCUAUUCGCUGGUUCCCUGUUUCUGCCCACCUUCUCCUCUCCUGCAGCAUGGACUGUAAAAUAAAGAUCUGGGAAGUGUACAAUGACCGGCGCUGUAUACGGACAUACGCUGGCCAUAAACAGGCGGUCAGGGACAUCACGUUCAACAACGAUGGCACCGAGUUUCUCAGUUGUGGCUAUGACAGAUACUGUAAACUAUGGGACACAGAAACAGGUGAUUGUAAGUCACGAUUUACCAGCAGAAAAGUUCCUUACUGUGUGAAGUUCCACCCAGAACCUGAUAAGCAGCACUUGUUUGUGGCAGGUACCUCGGAUAAAAAAAUUGUUUGUUGGGACACCCGGUCAGGAGAGAUUGUCCAGGAAUAUGACCGACAUCUCGGCGCUGUUAACACAAUCACAUUUGUCGACCAGAAUCGGCGCUUUGUCAGCUCCUCAGAUGACAAGAGUUUACGAGUGUGGGAAUGGGACAUUCCAGUGGACUUUAAAUACAUAGCUGAUCCGUCCAUGCACUCCAUGCCAGCUGUCACUUUGUCUCCAAAUGGGAAGUGGUUGGCUUGUCAGUCUAUGGACAACAAAAUUUCCAUCUUUAAUGUUCUAAACAGAUUCAAAUACAUGAGGAAGAAAACGUUUACAGGACAUAUGGUGGCUGGGUAUGCCUGUAAUGUAGACUUCUCCCCAGAUAUGAGUUACAUCAUUUCUGGGGAUGCAGAUGGAAAGUUGUAUGUGUGGGACUGGAAGACCACCAAACUUUACACUAAGUUCAAGGCCCAUGAUGAUGUGUGUAUCAGUGUUCUGUGGCACCCACAUGAAACCUCCAAGGUUGCGACAGCAGGCUGGGACGGGAUCAUCAAGUACUGGGACUGAAGUCAAGGUCAUCAACUGUAUAUUUGUUAACAGUUCGCCAAGGACACAUUUGUUCAAAGUUCUCCAAGGACAUAUUUGGCCAGGAGUUGCAUCUCAGGCCUUCAAAAGAUCUGAGACAGGACUAUUGUAGUGGACGGAGGACACAUCAUAAUCAACGAACAAAUGAAUGAAGUACAAUCUGGGGUCAUCAAGUGCAUGUCAAAGAGAUCACCAAAUCAAGAUGAUCUGUUAACAAAGGGACAUUACUGCUGGACAGUGUUGAUUAUUCUAAGGUACACAUUAGCCUUCUCUCUACAUACAAGCAGUUGAUAAGGUAGGACAGUGACGGUAACUGAUAGUUACUGUAGAGUCAGAAGUGCAGAGACAUUGACUACUAUUGUUACUGUAGAGUUAGAAUACAAUAUCAACAGUAAAACAAUAAGCAGACUACAGGGCCGUUUUCGUUUAAACGGUCAAACCGGUCGGAUCACUGUUGUAUGUUUAUUAAAAAAGGUCGGACCUAGUAAU